AGAAGUGUGCAGGACGCUAAUAAGAUAGCAAAGUAUGAGGAGGAACUUUGUCCAACAAAAGAGGAGAAGGAGCGACAACAUCAACUACUGGACGCUGUUUUCAAGAAACAUCAAGUUGUGUUACACAGAACAGACCUCGAUGAAGAACAUCUUCCUGGUGAGCAGGAGGUGGAACCACAGUCCUCCAACAUACACGAGGAAGAAAAGGUACCACAUUCCCAACACAUCAAAGAGGGAGUAGAGGAGCCACAGACCCAUAGUGUUAAACUGAACCUUCACAUUAAAGGGCAAGCGGAGGACCCACUGAUCUUACACAUCAAAAAUGAAGAGGAGGACCCACUGACCCCUCACUUUAAGGAGCAAGAGAACCUGCUGACCCCUCACAUUAAAAAGGAAGAGAUGGACCCACAGACCCCCUACUUUAAAGAGGAAGAGGAGGACCAAGAGCCGCCGCACAUUAAAGAGGAAGAGGAGGAAGAGGGCAUCAGUCAGCCUAAAUGGUUGGAGGAGUUCCCAGUGACUGGUGUCCCUGUGAAGAGUGAAGAUGAUGAGGUGAAAGGUGAAAGUGAGGAGAGGGGAGGGGGGGAGCCUCCAAGCAGCAGCUCAACACAACACAUGACAACAGAAGCUGAUGGAGACCACUGUGGAGGAUCACAAGCAGACAAGCUCUUAGCUCCACUAUCAGAUAGUGAGGACACAACGUCACACUCUCCUGACACUGAUGAUGAAGACUCUAAAGAUGAUAAGACAUGUCACACUGACAACACUCACUUCACUUGUUCUCUCUGUCACAAAACCUUUAAAUACCAUAGUCUUCUGAAAACACACAUGAGAAGACACACCGGAGAAAAACCUUUUAUCUGUUCAAUAUGUGGCAAAGGUUUUGUAGAAAGUCACAAUUUGAAAGUACACAUGAGAACACACACCGGUGAAAAACCUUAUGUCUGUUCAAUCUGUGGUACAUGUUUUGUACAAAGAAUCAAUUUGAAAGUACACAUGAGAAGACACACUGGUGAAAAACCUUUUAUCUGUUCAACCUGUGGUAAAGGUUUUACAGAAAGUCCGAGUUUGAAAGUACACAUGAGAACACACACUGGUGAAAAACCUUUUUCUUGCUCAGAAUGUGGUAAAGAUUUUGUUCAAAGUAAACAUUUGAAAGUACACAUGAGAACACACACUGGUGAAAAACCUUUUUCUUGCUCAGAAUGUGGUAAAGGUUUUGUACAAAGUCCCCUUUUAAAAGUACACAUGAGAACACACACUGGUGAAAAACCUUUUGUCUGUUCAAUCUGUGGUAAAGAUUUUACAGAAAGUCGAUGGUUGAAAGUACACAUGAGAACACACACUGGUGAAAAACCGUUUUCCUGUUCAAUCUGUGGUAAAGGUUUUACACAAAGUCAUCAUUUGAAAGUGCACGUGAGAAGACACACUGGUGAAAAACCUUUUUCCUGUUCAAUCUGUGGUAAAGGUUUUGCACAUACUAACAAAUGGAAAAGACACAUGAGAAUACACACUGAGGAAAAACCUUUUUCCUGUUCAACCUGUGGUAAAGGUUUUACACGAAGUCAGGGUUUGAAAGAACACAUGAGAAUACACACUGGUGAAAAACCUUUUUCCUGUUCAAUCUGUGAUAAAGGUUUUACAGAAAACUGGUGUUUGAAAGUACACAAGAGAACACACACUGGUGAAAAUUCACAUUCCUGUUCAAUCUGCAACAGAAGCUUUUGUCAACAAUCAAAGCUUGUUGCACACAUGAGAAGACACCCAGGAGAGAAAGUGUUGAGUUGUGGUGUGUGUGGUGAAAGAUUGUCUUCUAAGUACCAGUGUAAGAAACACAAGUGUGCUGGUGAGAACAGCAGCAGCAAAUGAAACUGCAGGAUUUGAAAUAAACUGUCCAGACUUUCAUUUUGACUUUCUAACAACAUCAGCACAUAUAACAUGUGUGACAUUGUUGUUUGUCUAACAAUCUGUUUAAUAUGAUCUUUACAUUUAUAGAUUGGAUAGUUUGAAAUAUUGAAGUGUGACAUAUUUGUAUUUGUAAUUGUUAAUAAUCCCAUAGAUUAGCACCUUUAUAUGAUAUACAUAUGUACUGGUUCACAUCUGAAACAUCUUCUGGACCACUUCAGGAAGCAUAUUAUUAUUUACUUUAUACAUCAUUUGAACAGUUGUCUUUUAUACAAUUUUAAAAUGUGUCUUUUUAAACCA